AUGGGAUCCACCGAUUCAGGCAUGCUGCGCAACAUCCGCAAGGUCUUGGUAGCCAACCGAGGCGAGAUUGCUGUGAGAUGCAUCAGGGCUUGCCGAGAGCUAGGGGUCCAAAGCGUAGCCAUCAUUACAAACGCAGACGCAACGUCUUUACAUGCCACAUUGGCAGACGAGGCAGUACUGUUGCCAGGGGAUGACAGCACUGCGUAUACAAACGGUGAAGCCAUCUUGGACAUCUGCAAACGCACGGGUGCUGAUGCAAUUAUACCCGGAUACGGCUUCUUGAGCGAAAAUGUCGAGUUUGCCGACAUGGUGGCCGCUGCGGGCAUCACAUUCGCUGGUCCCUCUUCAGCGUCCAUCAAAGCUAUGGGCCUCAAACACGAGGCCAGAGCCAUUGCCGAAGCGGCAAAUGUCCCUGUCAUCCCCGGUACCACACUCCUAGCAUCAUCUGGAGAUGCCACAGAAGCAGCAAUACAUCUGGGGUUCCCAGUCAUGCUCAAGGCUACUGGUGGAGGAGGCGGUAUGGGGUUGCAGAUUUGUCAUACCGAGCAGGAAGUCGAGAAAGCCUUCUCAAUGGUUGAGAGCCGCGCCAGCACUCUUUUCAAGAACAGUGGUGUGUUUCUUGAAAAAUAUUACCCCCGCUCACGACACGUCGAAGUUCAGGUGGCGGGCAACGGCGACGUUGUAGUCGCCUUCGGAGAACGAGAGUGUUCCCUCCAGCGGCGCCAUCAGAAGGUGAUUGAGGAGUGCCCCAGCCCUUUCGUCGAGCGACAUCCCGGACUACGAGAGAAGAUGCUUCAAGCAGCUAUCGACUAUGCAUCCCAACUCAACUACAAGAGUGUAGGGACCGUCGAAUUUCUCGUGGACGAUGAAACGGCCAAGUUCUUCUUUCUCGAGAUGAAUACACGCCUUCAGGUCGAACAUGGAAUUACGGAACUGUGCUACGGAGUUGAUCUGGUUCACCUGAUGUUGCAACAAGCCGACUACGAACAUGGUGGUGAGCUCGGAAUUCCGUCUGAUGUUCUGAAGGGACUGGGGAGACCACAGCCACUGGGUUCUGCAAUUGAAGCCCGAGUUUACGCAGAGAUGCCGCUUCACGACUUUGCUCCUAGUCCUGGCGUCUUUCAACACGUUGAGUGGCCCCAGGGUAAGGGCGUGCGAGUUGAUACAUGGGUCCGAAGUGGCCAACGGAUCACGCCUCUUUACGACCCUCUAAUCGGCAAGGUCAUGGUCCAUAGUCCAGAUGGACGAAAGGGUUCUCAGAAACUGAUGCUCGCGGCGCUAGCUGAUACAGCUCUCCAAGGGACGCAGUCCAACUUGGAAUACCUCUCACGGGUCAUCGAGUCGGACAUGUUUAUCAGCGGCAGCACGUUGACAAACUCUCUUGCCACAUUCAAGUUCAAGACCUGCUCGCUACAGGUCAUUGAUCCUGGCGUGUUUACGACAAUCCAGGAUUACCCAGGCCGAAUUACCGUUGGACACGGAGUUCCCCCUGGAGGCCCCAUGGACGAUCUUAGUGCCCGAGCUGCCAACAUCCUGGUUGGAAACGAUCCGGGAGUUGAGCUUCUCGAGGCUACCUUGUCUGGCCCAGAGCUCUUGUUUCACGAGGCAGCCAUCGUUGCUGUCUGUGGUGCCGAGCUUCCUCUCACACUUGAUGGCAAACUUGAAGCAAUGUGGUCCAGAAUCAUCGUCAAGCAGGGCCAGAGACUCAAGCUUGGCAAAGUCUUCGGGCCUGGCCUGAGAACGUAUCUGGCUGUCAAAGGCGGAUUUCCGGAGAUACCCGAAUUUCUUGGCUCAAAGGCCACCGCCCCUGAGCUUGCAUUUGGUGGCCUCCAGGGGCGAAAACUUCAGGUCAACGACAUCCUCGCUCUCCCUAAAGAAUCAGGAGCUUGGGCGGCUGAAGCUACAUCUUUCUCUCUGCCACCCGAAGCUAUACCCACCUUCAACAACCAGAGCGUCUAUUGUCUCGACGGUCCUUACGGUUCUGACGACAUUCUUACUCCUGAAGGCCGUAAGAUAUUGUACGAAACCGAUUGGAUCGUCAGCCACAACAGCGGUCGCAGUGGCAUUCGUUUAGAAGGUCCACGCUUGAAGUGGGCUAGGACGUCGGGAGGGGGUGGUGGAUCUCAUCCGUCAAACGUCUUCGAUUACGGAUAUCCAAACGGGGGAGUCAACUUCACUGGUGAAUCCCCCAUCAUCUUUGCCCAUGACCGUCCGGACUUGGGAGGUUUUGCCUGUCCCACAACCCUCUGUUCAGGUGAGAUGUGGAAGGUUGGCCAGCUGAAACCGGGCGACACGAUCCGAUUCCGGCAGACGACUUAUGACAAGUCACAGGAGAUAACGCAGAGGAAGAAUGCAUAUCUCCAGGCUCUGCUUAAACUUGCACAAGGAGGCGGAGAUGCCAGUCAGAUACCUUCCCUGGACAUUGAGUUUGGUGAGGAAGCUACGUCUUCGAUCCUACAUCAAGUUUCACCUUCAGGAUCUCAUCCUCGGGUGACAUAUCGUCAAGGAGGUGACACAAGCAUCAUCGUUGAAUACGGCGAGCAAGUUGCAGACCUACGGAAUACAGCGUGCGUCCAGCUCCUCGCCAAACAGCUGGUUGCUGCAAAUCUCCCGAGUGUCCGCAGCGAUACCAACUUUGCCACCCUCACGGUACGCUUUGAUCCGUCUCAAACAGAUCGGACAAAGCUCCUCCGGCAACUCAUCGACCUUGAUAGCAGCAUUGGAGAAACAACCGGCAUCAAGCUUACUACUCGACAAGUCCGGCUUCCCAUCUGUCUCGAUCAUUCGUCACUGGAGGAAUCUGCCCAGCGGUAUAUGGCGAACAUCAGACCUACGGCUGCAUAUUUGCCAGACAAUGUUGACUAUAUUCGCAAGAGCAACGCUCUCGAAAGCCGUAGCAACGUCUUCGAUUCCCUGCUCAAAACCCCAUGGCUGACAGUGGCCGUUGGUUUCUAUGUUGGAACACCCAUUUUGUUCCCUCUUGAUCCUCGAUACAUGUUUACAGGUCAGAAGUACAAUCCCAGCCGGGCCUACACGCCAAGCGGCUCUGUUGGUCUAGGUGGCUCGUUGCUGGCCAUAUACCCUGUUGCGGCCCCUGGAGGGUAUCAACUCAUGGGUCGCACAUUGGGCGCAUGGGACACGGCUGGAAAUCGUCCAGGAUUCUCAGCUACGCGACCAUGGCUAUUCAAUCACCUCGACUUGGUGAAGUUCUACGAGGUCUCUGAGGAGGAGUAUGAUCAAAUAGAGCGCGACUUCGAGUUUGGUCGAUACGUCUUUGACGUGACCGAAACGACACUCGAUAUGGACGAGUACAUCGCCAAGUUUGACGCGGCAAAUCACGAUCCGGAUUACCAAGCCUGGCGAAGCCGCCAGUCUGUAGCAGCAAAGGAAAUGGGGGAGCUUGAGCAGAAACUGUUUGAAGAAUGGACUGCAGCAAAGGCGUCGGCCAACAACAAUGCAGGUGAUGAAGAUGAUGAUGAUCCCAGCAAGACGGUCAAGAUUGAGUCCCCAGUAGAUGCCAGUGUUUGGAAGGUUCUGGUGGAGCCCGGUGAUGUUCUGGAGAAGGGACAGACAGUGGCAGUGCUCGAAGCAAUGAAGAUGGAGAUCAACCUGGUGGCCGGUGAGAAUGAGGCUGGUGCGGUGGUUGUCAAGAUCAAGCAGCGGCCCGGAACUGUUUCCACGAUUCAAACGUUUUCAGUCGAGCCUACUGCGAUUUCUCCCCCAGUUGUCAGUACCAAUUACGGGAGAACCAAUUCAUUUAAUGUUGAGUAUCAACCUUCUGUGUCCGGAGACAUCGUCUCCAACGUUGCGGCUCAGACUCCUCAAGAACAACUUAUGGGAAAAUUCUCGAUACACGAUCCUGUUUACGAACUCUCGAAUAACAACCCUGAUGCCCUCUCAAGUAACGGUGGCCCCUCAACGUCUGGCGAUGACCAGAUGGAUGUGGCCGUCGAGACGGCCGCCGACUUCACCCAACUGGUGGGCUUUGACACCGACUUCUUCUCCCAUGAAACAGGCAUGAUCAAUGAUUACCUGAUGGGUGUAUUUUCUCCACUAGAUUACCGGACACCAAUGAUCGACAAUGUAUCCGAUGGGUACAGUGGGAUGGGCAGGGGGCCGGUCGCGUCAGUUCCAAGUGUUCUGGGCUCUGAUUAUCGCGAACCAUCCGCUUCGAUGCAAAUCGCCAUGGCAACAGAAGAAACCCAGGAGUCUACGCCUGAGCCACGAGUUUUCCACCGUGCAAAUCCAAUGGAUCAGACUAGUCGGAACGAAGGCGAAGUUGGCGGAACAUUGGACGCUAUUGACGAUGUUAUAGGGUCCAAUCCAUGGGCAGUGUCGACGGUUGCUUUCAGUAAACUAACUGCCGAGGUUGCAAAGCAUGAGCAUGUAUUACCGGAGCCCUUCACCCUCCCGUGCCGACAGACCUUGUCGCGAUAUAUCGCCAGCUACAUUCGUGGAUUCCACCCCCAUCUCCCUUUCAUACAUAUCCCGACAUCUUGUGUGGAGACGAUGGCGCCUGUUUUGCUGCUUACCCUUGCCGCUACUGGGUCAUUCUAUGGUUUCGAGCAUACGCACGGAUAUGCCAUGAUCCUUUUGGCCAAGUCAAUCAUCGCUGAGAAACUCGAACAACGUCGCCGAGAGUCUACUUCCCGUCUUGUUCGAAGUUUUCCACGCUAUGCCGAGCUGCCCAAUAGUUCCUCUGGAGAGCACGACACAUCCACACGGUCAAGGGUGACGCCACAAGCCGUACCUACCCCCGUCUUUGAUCUCGAGUUGGUACAAGCUCUGGUGAUCCUCCAGAUGACCAUGUCUUGGCUUGAUGGACCAUUUGCCGAGGAUGCGCUAGCCAUGAGUAGCCAACUUGCCGCGGUUACUCGCGAGGGCUUGAGCCAUCCACCUAUGGAAGAUAGGCAUGAGACUUGGAAGGACUGGUCCCUUGAAGAAGCAAAGCGACGUACGCUAUUAUCUGCUUACUUCGUGCUCAACAUACAGACUAUCUGCUUCAACGUACCACCUCAAAUCACCACCUCCGAGAUCAACCUCAUUCUUCCAUGUUCUGAAGCAGAGUUCAAAGCACCUAGUCCGGCUGCCUGGCAUCGCCUCCACCGCAAACAUAAUUUCCAUGAUAUGAAAUUUCAAAACUGUCUCAAGCGGUUGCUGUCUGGAAAGUCACUCGCCAAGGAAGUCUCGGCAGCUGAAUUCGGGAACUAUAUGCUCGUCCAGGCCCUGUUGGUACAGAUUUACUUUGAAAGACAAGCUGCCUCAGUUCUAUUGAGCUCUUCGUCAAGCCUUUCGUCUUCUACAAUCCAGCUCUACGACGGUGCUCUUGCUGCGUGGUCAACAUGCUGGGAUUCUGCCAUUGAGUCUGCGUUGGAUCCCUCAUCUGUCCACGGACCAUUGGCCUUUAACUCAACCGCCAUCCUCCGACUGGCCCAUGUGCAUCUCGGAGCUGACUUGUUCAGUCAGUGCGCUCUCAACUCGCGGGAUCCUCGGGUGGUUGCUCAAGCCUUUGAGCCGCAUCGAAAUCCCAUUUUGCUUGGCUCCGCGCACCUAGACAAGGCUGUCCUGCAUGCCAUCUACGCAUUGAGAAUUCCCGUGAGGGUUGGGAUAGCGUUUGUGGCUCGAGGCCGAACGGGGCAUUGGAGUGUCCAGCAUGCCAUUAGUAACUUUGCGUGCGCGCUGCUGCUUACGCAUUGGCUCGAGAAUAUCUUCAACCUGGUCUCUUCAAGUGGAUUCGACGGUCUGAGGCACGAGGAGAGGCGUCUACUCUCCAUGAUUGAACGGCUUAUCGAAGAGACACAUCUACAUGAUGACCUAGGGCCAAAGGACUGCUACCCAAACCGGAUACGACGACUGGCCAUCGCCGCGGUGAAGCUUUGGGCUGAAACCUGUCAGGGUAUUCAGGUAUAUGAGUUAGUUCAUAUUAUGGGUGAGACACUUUCUCUGGUCGCAGAGUUAUUGGAGAGUCGUCUUUGA